AUGCAGAAUUGUUCUUUUAUGGCAAAUAGCGAUGAUAUGGAAGCACAAACUUCAUGGAUUAUACGCGGAAACAUUUUUUUCUCGACUGGUUUAUGCGCCCUUAAUUUUAUUGGAACAUACUACUGUAUCAAAACCAUGAGAAAGUGUCCGAUCAUCAACGAUUCAACUCAAAUCUUGCUCUAUGCUUCUUUAAUUUACGCUAUUAUUCACGACGUGGCUCAUCGAAUGACUCAGUUCUGGCUUUUAUUUCGAAGCUUCGCGUAUUCCGAUGAUCCCUGUAAUAUCAUGUUCAAUGUGACCGAAUGCUUGGGAAUCGGAAGAUUUCAGCUGGUCGGAAUUUCCGGAAUGAUUUAUAUUCACUCCGCGUUAGCAUGUGAUGGAUUAUUAGCAACAUUGUCCCCAAUAAAAUACGUGCAAGUUCGAAAAACCGGUGCGAUAUGUUUAGCAUUAAUUGUGGCAAGCUUAAAUUAA